GGCGGUGGGCGCCGCCGCCGCCGCCAUGUUCCGGUACCAGUCCCUGGAGGACUGCCCGCUGGAUGAGGAUGAAGACGCCUUCCAGGCCCUGGGGGAGGAAGACGAAGACAUCGACCAGUUCAACGAUGACACGUUUGGAGCCGGGGCCGUCGACGAUGACUGGCAGGAGGCACACGAACGGCUGGCGGAGCUGGAAGACAAACCGGUGACAGCCAGGGAACAGGAUGGGCCCGGCGGCGAGGAGGCGGAUCUGUUGGGCGAGCCCGAGGACACGUUGGCGGAGCGGCUGACCAGGCUGGUCAUCGACAGCGAGCUGGAGGACCCCGCCAUCAUGCAGGCCGUACAAACCAGGCCUGGAGGGCUGAAUUCCAGCAUCUGGGACAGCUCGGCCGUCCUGCGACGCAUCCGGGGGCCGCUUCUCACUCGGGAGAUGCCGUCGGUGUCCGUGCUGGAUUACGCUCUGCCUCAGAGACCCCCGCAGGCUCGAGAGGAAGAGCGAGACCCCUCCGAGCGGGCGCUGCCCCGACGUUCAUCAUCCCCUGUCAUCGGGAGCCCCCCUGUCCGGGCUGUUCCCAUCGGCACCCCUCCCAAGCAGGCUGCCGUCCCCAACUUCAAUCAGCAGAUCCUGUGUCCGAAGCCUGUCCACAUCCGAGCUACCAUGCAGCAGCGUUACCCCGCUCCCUACGGCGAGAGGAUGUCCCCCAACCAGCUCUGCAACGUACCGAAUUCCUCCCUCCUGGGACACCCGUUCCCUCACAGCGUCUCUCCCGUCCUCACCCACCUGCAGAGAGCGCAGCUGCUCGGAGGAGCCCAGGCUGGUCGAAUGUCGCCCAGCCAGUUUGCCCGGGUCUCUGGCCUGGUUGGGAGCCCCCUCCCCUCCGUCAAUCCCAAGUUGCUCCAGGGUAGAGUCGGGCAGAUGAUGUCUCCGGCCAGCGGGUUUCGUGCCUUUUUCGGGGCUCCCCCCGCUCCACCUCCUUCGCAACCGCAGCACCCGCCGGGCCCCGGAUCCCACCUGCAGAGCCUGAGGCCGCAACCUCAGAUGUUCCGACCGGACACGACCCACCUACACCCCCAACACCGCCGGCUCCUGCACCAGCGGCAGCAGCAGAACCGAAACCAGCACCGGAGCCUCAACGGCUCGGUGGGGGACCGAGGGGGCCACCGGAGCAGUCACCAGGAGCAGAUGCGCAAAGACCCCUACGCCAACCUCAUGCUGCAGCGGGAGAAGGACUGGGUGUCCAAGAUCCAGAUGAUGCAGCUGCAGAGCACUGAUCCCUACCUGGAUGACUAUUAUUACCAGAAUUACUUCCAGAAGCUGGAGAAGUUAGCAGCAGCGGAGGAAGUCCACGGCGAUGGUCCCAAAAAGGAACGCACUAAACUCAUCACACCUCAGGUGGCUAAGCUGGAGCACACCUACAAGCCAGUGCAGUUUGAGGGCUCGCUGGGGAAGCUGACGGUUUCCAGCGUGAACAACCCCCGGAAGAUGAUCGAUGCGGUGGUGACCUCCCGCAGUGAGGAUGACGAGACGAAAGAGAAGCAGGUUCGAGACAAGAGGCGUCAGACCCUUGUCACGAUCGAGAAGACGUACAGCCUCCUCCUGGACGUGGAGGACUACGAGAGACGCUACCUCCUGAGCCUGGAAGGCGAGCGGCCGGCCCUGAUGGGCGAGAGGAAACAGAAGAUCUGUGAUAUGUACGACAAUCUGAGGGGGAAGGCGCCCGGGCAGGAGAGGCCAAGCGACGACCACUUCAUGCAGAUCAUGUGUAUCCGGAAAGGGAAGCGCCUGGUGGCCCGGAUCCUCCCCUUCUUGUCACCCGAGCAAGCGGCCGACGUACUGAUGGCGACGGCCAGGAACCUGCCCUUCCUCAUCAAGAAGGACGCUCAGGACGAGGUGCUGCCCUGCCUGUUGAGGCCCUUCUCGCACGUUCUCUACCACCUUCCCUUGGGGACGGUCACCAGCCUUGUGCAGCAGCUAACGAACCUACCUCAGAGCGCGACCGCGCCAGCGCCUACCAACCUGCACCUCACUGCUGUGCUCCAAAACAAGUUCGGCCUGUCCCUGCUGUACUUGGUCUUGAGCCGCGGGGAGGAACUGCAGAGCUCGGACGCGAACACGGAGCUAAUGCAGGACAACCAGUGGUGA